AUGCCCGGAAGGGACUUCGCGGAAGAAGUCAUCAAUCAGAAACAUAUGGACAUGAUCCACGAGGACUCGCGGAUAACGCAUCGUGAACACAGGCGAGAAAGUUCCGAACCUAGCACACCCUCCACUCUCCCUUACGCAGAGACGGGAGCACCCAUAAAUCGAAGUCCGACGGCAGCGGCAAGGAAGGAAUCCAACAAUGGCUUGGUGUGGUCGAGAGUCCGCGGGCAAUUCCAGGAGCCUCUAUCGGAAUUCCUCGGCGUAUUCAUCUUGAUCCUGUUUGGUGACGGUGUCGUUGCCCAAGUGGUCCUCUCCAAUGGCGAGAAGGGUGACUACCAGUCAAUCUCGUGGGGCUGGGGCAUCGGAGUCAUGCUCGGUGUCUAUGCCAGUGGCAAAUCUGGUGCGCAUAUCAACCCUGCAGUUACCUUUGCCAACUGCAUUUAUCGCGAUUUCCCAUGGCGAAUGUUUCCCGGGUAUAUGCUCGCUCAGACCUUCGGUGCCAUGUGUGCUUCCUUAGUAGUGUACGCCAACUACAAGUCGGCCAUCGAUGUGUUUGAAGGAGGCGCCGGUAUCCGGACGGUCCCAGGCUACAGUGAGAAUGCGACCGCUGGUAUCUUCUGUACCUAUCCCGCCGAGUUCAUGACAAAGACUGGCCAAUUCUUCUCAGAGUUCAUAGCAUCCGCGAUCUUGAUGUUUAUGAUCUAUGCAAUCAAGGACGACUCCAACCUGGGAGCCAAGAACCUCACGCCUCUGGCUCUGUUCUUCAUCAUCUUUGGCAUCGGAGCCUGUUUCGGAUGGGAGACCGGCUAUGCCAUCAAUUUCGCGCGAGACUUUGGGCCAAGGCUGAUGAGCUACGCUGUAGGGUAUGGUGCAAAUGUCUGGAGGGCCGGAGACUAUUACUUCUGGGUUCCAAUGGUCUCUCCUUUCUUCGGUUGUACCUUUGGCGGAUUCCUGUAUGACACUCUCAUGUUCACCGGUGUGUCGCCGAUCAACACACCAUACUGGGGGUUGUAUCGCUUCGUCCCUGGAAUGAGGCGCAAGUACGAUGGAAUCCGGUGGGAGGCGGAGGAUAUGGUCGAAGAUGUUAGCAAUGAGAAAGGCAGCCACGAGUCUUGA